AUGACCCAACUAAAUAUGGGCGCAUCGGCUUCGAGCGACCCAGAUUACGUCAAACACAUAUGCUAAUGCGUUUGGUUGGCACCAAACAGUCCCGCCAUUGAAUGAAAAGUGACCGUUGCCUGAGGAGACAGGAGCCGAAGGCGAUAGCUGUGUGUAGUCACCGACUGAGCCUUAGGCGGGAACCCAGAGUUGCAGCAUGGCCGCUUCCACCCCAAGCCGCUCUGUUGCGUCCCCGGCUCGGGGAUCGUCCACGCCGCUCUCUCCGACUCGGAUCACCCGCCUGCAGGAGAAGGAAGAGCUGCGGCACCUCAAUGACCGCCUGGCGGUGUACAUAGACCGGGUGCGCUCCCUGGAGUUUGAGAAUGACCGGCUGAUGGUGAAGAUCUCCGAGAAGGAGGAGGUCACUACACGGGAGGUUAGUGGGAUCAAGGCCCUGUAUGAGACAGAGCUCGCUGAUACUCGAAAAGUUCUAGAUGAAACCGCGAAAGACAGAGCCAGGCUGCAGAUAGAGUUGGGAAAGUAUCGGUCAGACCUUGAUGAGAUAACUAAGAAUUUCAAAAAGAAAGAUGCUGAUUUGCUUCAUGCGCAACAGCGCAAUAAGGACCUGGAGGCCCUGCAUUUCCGGAGUGAGGCAGAACUGAGUGCAGCCCUUGAUCAGAAGCGAACUCUGGAAGCUGAACUGGCUGAUCUACGUGCCCAGCUUGCUAAGGCUGACGAUGGUCAUGCUAUUGCGAAGAAGCAGCUGGAAAAGGAAACUUUGAUGCGUGUUGACUCUGAGAAUCGCUGCCAGAGUCUGAGGGAGGAGCUGGAGUUCAGGAAGAAUGUACACGAGGAGGAAUUCCGAGAGACCAGGAAGCGUCAUGAGCGUAGUUUAGUAGAAGUAGAUAAAGGCCAAAAGUAUGACUACGAGUCCAAGCUGGCACAGGCCCUUGAUGAGCUCAGGAAACAGCAUGAUGAACAAGUUAAUAUGUACAAAGAAGAGCUGGAGCAGACAUACCAGGCAAAGUUGGACAACAUCAAGCGUUCAUUGGAUUACAAUGACCAGGCUGCAGACGUGGCUCGUGAGGAGCUGUCUGAGGCACGAAUGAGGAUGGAGACUCUCAGUUAUCAGCUGACUGGUCUUCAGAAACAGUUGAAUGCAGCGGAGGAUCGCAUACGUGAAUUGGAGGAGUUAGUAUCUAGUGAACGUGACAAAUACCGCCGACUGCUGGACCAUAAGGAGAGUGAAAUAGCAGCACUGAGGGACCAUAUACAGCAACAGCUGACCGAAUAUCAGGAAUUGCUAGAUGUGAAAUUUGCACUAGACAUGGAGAUAAACGCUUACCGCAAGCUGCUGGAAGGAGAAGAGGAGAGGCUGAAAUUGUCACCAAGCCCACAAUCUCGUGUCACAGUGUCACGAGCCACGUCCAGCAGCAGCUCUUCUACCACCCGCCAGUCUCGCAGCAAGAGGAAACGGGUCGAAGCUGAAGAAAGUGAAGAAGCUGGCAACAUUCAGACCUCCGGUAGCUGGAGUAGGGUCUCCUCACGUGGUUCAAGCGGUCCUGGUGGAGUAGCGGGCUCUGGCAUCACUAGUGGGCGAAGUAGUACCAGUAAAUUCCAGGUAUCGCAGCAGUCAAGUGCCACUGGUAGCAUCACCAUAGAGGAGAUUGACCUGGAGGGAAAGUAUAUUCACCUGAAAAAUAAUUCCGACAAGGACCAAUCUCUGGGCAGCUGGAAACUGAAGUUCCAAAUUGGAGACAAAGAAGAAUUGGUAUACAAAUUUACACCUAAGUAUGCUCUGAAAGCAGGCCAGUCUGUUAAGAUAUACAGUGCUGACGCAGGAGUCGCCCAUAGCCCUCCUUCUGUCUUGGUCUGGAAGAACCAGACUUCUUGGGGAAUAGAUGGUAACGUCAAAAUCUCCCUUGUGAACAGUGAUGAAGAGGAAGUGGCCUUGAGGACUCUAUUAAAGUCUGUCCUCUCCAGUGUAGAGGAGGAUGAUGAAGAGGACGAAGAAGCCGAUUUUGGGGAGGAAGAUCUUUUUCAUCAGCAGGGUGAUCCACGUACAACAUCUACAGGCUGUUAUCUGAUGUAAUGAAUAUCUACAAUGUUUGAUUUACUGCCAGAGCAAGAGAAAUCUAUUUUUAUAUCUGGAAUCUUACCCUUUUUUAUUAUUUUUAGGCAUUGUUUAGUUGUACUUCAUGUGAAAAAAAAACAAUCUGUUGCCAGGCAUAUCUGGAAAAGUUUUAUUUUUGUUUCUUUUUUUUAUAAUUUUAUUUUACUUUAAUAACACUAUAUACCUUGCAGUGAAAAUAGUUUGUUUUCUAAUGGCAGAAAUCUUGUAGAGAAAAAGUUUUAAAGUGUGGCUAGUUCGCACAGAACGCAGUGCAGUUUUAUUGGUUAGCUUGUUUGACACCGAUGGCCUACUUUUAAAGUUUGAAACGUUUUUUAGACCUGUUGUUGCUGUUGCAACUUUAAAAUGUUUUAUAAAUAUAUAUGUGGCUUAGAUGUUCAGAUACCAGUCUUCAGCUAUCUGUGGCUAGUGAUAUGUGCCCAGAUAGCCACAUGUCAUUUGUUAGAUAUCCUGCCAAGGUAUUUCACUGCAGGAUUUACCAAACACAGACGUCUUAAGUGUAAACCAUUGCAUUUUACCCCUGCAAUGCUAAAUCAGACACACAAUAUUUUUUUACUUUUUUAAAUCUACAGAUUCUUUGUAUAUCUGCCAGUACCUGAGUAUUCCAUAAUAAGCAAUGUUUAGUGACCCCUCAAACAUUGCACCAUAGCUAUAAAGGCUGGUGCAGUUCUAAAAACAAGAUAACCUGGUAAAAUCUGUGCUGCAAAGUGUUUUCCUGUGUUGAUACAUUAUGGUAUUACAGGAUACUACUAGAACGCAGGAUGUUGAAUGAAAACUGCCAUGUUAAUUGCAAAAAUCCUCCUCCAUAGGUUUAAGUUUGUUCUGUCUAAAUUUAAGGAAUGUAACAUCAGUUAAAGGGUAAAAUUUCAUUUCAACCCCAACAUCCCUCAUUUUCCUAGCUAGCAGCACCAUGAGGUCCCCAGUGCCACCUUGAUUUGGGUCACUUGUCUCUGUCAGCAUGCUUAUCUCCGCAUUGGGCAGAGCUACAGCACCUGUAUUGGCACUGCUGAUCUUCUGGUUGGUAAUCACUGGCCAAAUCAUGAACGGACUCUGAUUUGACAUCUGCUUUUAGUCAACAGUGGACAUGGGAACACCUGUUGUAUAUAUUGUGCUGAGGAGAGAUGUUGGGUACAUUGUGCUAUGGUUGUUGUUGUUCUAAAAUGUAUGACUUAGUCUUUCAAAGAUGAUGACCCAUUGUCCUUUUAGAGUAGUUUUGUUUCCUUGUUUUUUGUGUCACUCAGCUUUGUGUUGGUUGGGUAUUUGUGCAGUGUGUAGCCAUGUACUAAUGCUUACUAGCAAGGAGCAGCACUUCAUCCAACAGAAGCGAAAAAGUUACAUCCAUUGUAAUAUUAUCCCAGCAUGCAUGUUGCUUAUAGAUUAGCUACCAUUAAAAGGUCGCGCCAUCUCAUCUGCUAUCUGGAGGAGAAGUGGUUUAGACUUGUCUUCCAAUUUGUGUGUGUUGCAUUUAAAACAUUCAUCCUGCCCCAGUACCUUUAUUACAGAGAUAAUGUUUCCAGACAGCACUGGCACUAGAACCUACAAAGUGCUGACAUUAGGGUGGUUCCAUCUUCAGGCAGCUAUACCUGCUGAGAGGAGGAGCUUUGCUAUUAUAUAACUAAGUUCAUAAACGGUGUUUGCUUUAAUUUUGUUUUGUACCUGGGAAGGGGCUGAAUUAUGUGAAGUUAAUGAUCCAAAAUAUUAUGUUCAUAUAAAGGUAAUUGCUGUGUUUAAUAAGGAACAAUAAUUUCAUGGUUGAGUAAUACUGUUAUUUAAAUGUGAGACAGGAUUGAUCUAUAAUUACUGUCAAAUCACGUUAACACACACUGCAAUAAAUGUUUCUAUUCAAACAAA